GCUGCCUCCCGAGACCCCAGGGACAGCCCUGGUGACUUCCCCGGAAGACGGGUGGUGUGGUCCUUCCUUCAUCCCUCACGUCUCCCUUUUCCGAUGCCCUAGGUGUCUGCGGCACUGGGCCCCUGAGUUCUGGAGGUGCGGAUUCCAGAGCCCAUGUCUCUCUGAAGAGGGUCCGAGGAGGCUCCGUGUUGUUCCACGUGACUCGGGAUCUGGAAGGAGACGCAGAAGCUCAGCUGGAGGAGAUGGUGUGGGGCUUUGGCCCCGAGACCACCUACAGAGUCCUGCUGCGUGUGGGCAGCGGUGGGGACCGGCCAACCUGGGUCAGUCUCCAGGACAAGUACAGGCACAGGGUCCGUGUGCCCAAUAUGAGGUCCCUGCUCAUUGCGAACCUGACCCGUGAGGACAGUGGGCAGUACCGGGCUCGAGGCAGCUUCUCUGGAGGAAGGGAAUUUACCCAGGUGUUCCAGCUCACUGUCAACGAGCCGGUGCCCCUCCCCCAGAUCCUGGCCAAGUCACUGUCUGUCACAGCAGACUGGUGCAACAUCACUCUGGAGUGCAGAGCCGUGGGGGCCUCGGAGGACCUGAAUGUGACCUGGUGGCACAGUGACCUCCCGAGGAAGUGGCAGCAGACAGGAACCCUGGGACAAGGCCUCAGUACCUGGUCCCUGGCUGUGCGCCUGCCCCUGGACCAGGCCAACACCAGCCUCACCUGUAAUGCCAGCAACCAGGUGGACCUGAAAACUGCCACCACCACCCUGGGGGACGUCUGUGCCCAAGGGCGUCCGUUGACAACAUCUGGAAGGAAAGAGACCUGUCACUACUGUCUACAGUGAGGUCCACAGGCCAGGCCGGGCCGUGCAGGUCAUUUAAGUGGAAGCAGCAGGAGAAGGCAGCACUCCCAGGCUGCCUCCGUUCCCAGCAGGACGCCUGCAGACACAUCCUCUCCCAGCUCUGCUCCAGCUCCAGCUGCCUGGUCAGCAUUACUGACCCUUGUGCCCUCAGCUCCCUGUCACACAGGACCAAUGUCACCUGUGCCACUUUUUCUGCUGGUAAAACAGGAUCUCUGGGGAUGUGGGCACCCCCACUGCUGGAUGGGCCAAGGUCACUGGGCGGCCACCACAGAAACGCCACAGAGGUACAGAGACAUGGCUUGCAGGCGCUGCGAGCUUCCUGCAGCCUCUGGCCUCGGUCACCACCCCACUUCCUGGGUCCUCCAGUCAUGGGUCAUGCCGCCGCUGCUCCAAUGUUUCUGCCACGUCCACGAGGUCAAGUCCCAUCUUCAGAUGUACUGAUGGAUGGCUCUCGGGGGUCGUCCUGGGCUGUGCACAGGAUUCUUUGUUCAGCUAUGGAUGUCCCAAUACUGACUGUGGCUUAACAGGGAGAGGCCAAGGGAAAGACUCAGGCUGUCCCACUGCUGAUUCUGCUUCCUGUGAAGGAAGGGCCUCCACCAAAGGAUGCUGAUUCCGGUGAGUAGGAGCAUGACACCAGCGUGGUCCCUGGCUCUGAACAGGCAGAACAUGUGCUAGGAGAGCGGCUCUAAACCGAAUCGCUGCCAGAUUCUAUCAGAAUGGUACACACUUCCCACCUUGGACCUUAGAACCUCCUGGCUGAGUUGGAUAGGCACAUUCAGGUUCGAUGAGCUGGUCCCCUUGAGGAGAGGGCCAGAGCCAGGAAGGACAAUGAUGUUACAUGACCAUCAAAAGUAUCCCAGAGAGGGGGCCGGCCGAGUGGCUCAAUUGGUUAAGAGCUCGCUCAAGAGUUUGAGCUCUGAG